CAUCGAUUCAUCAAAGGGAUCGAUCGUGUUCUUCGGAUUUUAGUUCAGAUUUACGAUUCAGAUUUUUUUUCUUCUUCCGAUCAAUUCGUCUCAUCAUAAGCGAUUGAUCUUUGUUCUUCCUUUUCUCGAUUGAUCGAUUUCAAUGGCCGAUUCAUCUGUUUUCUUUCGGUGUUAUUGAUUGUCAACUGAUUUCUCGAGUUUGAAGAACCUUUACCACCGAUCGAUACAUCAAUUUCGAUUCGGUUCAUCUGUUUCAUUAUUGAUUCAGAUUUCUUAGUUUUCUUCAUCAAAUCAUCUUCAUCGAGCCUUGAUCUCCACGAAGCGACCUCCAGUUUCUUUGAAUUGAGCUGUGAUAUCAUCAUCUGCUAGCUCGAUUUCUCAAAUUCGAGUUUUGUUCCUUCGAUUUCGAGAUCAAAUUUCCUCGAUCGUUCUGAUUUUUUUGUUUGAAGCGAUUCAUCAUCACGGAUUGUCUUCUAUCUUAUGAGUUUUAUUCUGGUUAUUCCGCCAGAGCAAGAACAGAUUGAUUAUGGUUUAUUGUAUGUGCACACUCACACGAUUUGGCCUCUUUGUCAAGACAGAAGCUUGCUGGUUUGAGGCGUUGUUAAUCUUUGUUGGCAUUUCUUCAAAAUGGUUGGAUAUACAUGUCAGAAUUGGUUCACAGAGUUGUGUUUCAAGACAUGGGGAGUUAACAAUGAUAAUUGUGGAGUGGAUUUUACAGAGACGCCAUAUCUUGUUGCGUCAUCUAUCUCCUGCUCAAGUUUAUGAAGUUAUCAAGUCUUUAUAUAAGGAAGAAGCCAAACCAGUUGCAGUCACCAACGAUGAUUUCACUCUUUUGCUUCAUGGCGAUGGUAGCUUUGUUGGGCAAGAGGCUGUGGAUGAUUCUGUUCGUUUAAGCACAUUUAUCUUUGGAUCACUAACAAGACCACCAGAGACUCAUUGUGUUUUUAGUUUCAAGCCAUGGAUAUUCAUGUCCAUUGAUACUUCUAUUAUUGAGAAAGUUAUGGAGGACACACACUAAUGGAGUUCCUUGAUACUUUCAUCUUGAGGGGGAGUAGAGAAUGUAUAGUUGGUUUACUUUGGUUUAAUCUCUUGUAUAGUUCGGUUAGUAUAGUGGUUUAGUUUCAAUUGUAUUUAACCUUGAUUUGUAUCUCAUUUUACACUUGAAUGAAGAAAUUAUCUUUUC